AUGGGACUGCCUCCGAGGGCGGGAGAUCGGGCGGAGCUCCGCAAGAACCUGAAGCCGCUGCUGGAGAGGCGACGGCGCGCGCGCAUCAACGAGAGCCUGAGCCGGCUCCGGGGACUCCUCGGGCCGCGGGAGGGGCGGCUCGACUCCCGCCCCUCGAAGCUGGACAAGGCCGACGUCCUGGAAAUGACCGUGCGCUUCCUGCGGGGGCUGUCCGCGGCCCCCGGCCCCGCUGCGGCGCCCGCGUCCCCCGACGGCUACCGCGAGGGCUAUCGCGCUUGCCUGGCGCGCCUGAGCCGCUUGCUGUGGACCCGCCGCGUCCUAGAGCCCGCCGCGAGCGCGCGCCUGCUGGAGCACCUGCAGCUGAGUGCGACCCGCGCCACCCCCGACGGCAAGCUCACGGGGGUCCCCCGCGAUCCCCGCGACGGCCCUGGGGGCCUGGCCACCGAGGAAACUGGUGGUGGAGGCCAGGCCUGUCCCCAACAUAAACGCACCCCCAAUGCUGCCCAGGGAACCAACUGGCGGCCUGGGUGUCUGCUGUGGCUGACGGUCCUGCAGAGCUCAGCCGGCCACAGCGAGGGGAUGCGGCUUCCCAGCGACGGUUCCACUGCCUCCGUGUCUCUCUGCCUAUCGUCCCAGGCUGCCCAGGACGCGCUGCCGAGCGAGUGGUCCUGCUCUCUGUGGAGCUGCCUUGUGCUGCCCGAGCUGCUGUGGCAUCCCACCUUCUCCAGCUUGUCACUGGCCCCUGCUAAGCCCCGGGGCAGCUCCAUGACUGUGGCAACCCCAGGUCCCGCCUGCUGUGUCUCUGACCUCAGCUACAAGGCGAGCGUGUCCUGCUGGAUCGAGUUCGGCCUGGACCCUGGUGUCAGGCAGAGGUGA